UGCCCCUCCGUUCUAGCAAGAGUGCAAGGUAGGUUAGCCCUGUCCAGUAGUCCAUACACCAGGGAGCUGGUAGCCGGCCAGCUGCGAAGAUCGAUCGUGCGCGAUCCAUGGACAUCAGGGCGGGCGCUCCGGAGGCGAAGGCGGGACGGGAGUGGGGGCUGCCGGCAUCGAUGGUGCUGGUGCAGCUGUUCAUGGCGGGGAUGAUCGUGCUGUCCAAGGUGUCCAUCGCCGGCGGCAUGUUCAUCUUUGCGCUCCUCGCCUACCGCGGCCUCCUCGGAGCCGCAUUCGUCGUCCCCUUCGCGCUCGGCUAUGAAAGGGGUAAGUGGAGGGAGAUGGAUUGGCACGCCACUGGAUGGAUCUUCCUCAAUGCCUUGAUCGGGUACACAAUGCCAAUGAGCCUAUACUACUAUGGCCUCCGCGAUACAACACCAUCUUAUGCCGCCAUCUUUAUGAAUAUAAGUCCGUUGUUAACCUUCAUCCUCUCGCUCAUCUUGAGAAUGGAGACGUUGCAAAUCCGGAGCAUAGUUGGAUCACUGAAGAUCGUAGGCAUUAUGCUCUCUAUUGGAGGCACUAUGCUCAUCAGUCUUUACAAGGGCAAGAUAUUGCAUCUUUGGGAUCCCAUCCUAGAGCACCACCACAGAGAAUUGACGACUAAGGUUGCGGGAAAUCAACUAAGAGGAACAAUAUUCUUGGCAGGCAGCAGCUUCACGUUUUCUUGCUGGUACCUGACUCAGUCAAAAGUUCUCAAGGUGUAUCCAUACAAAUAUUGGUCAACUAUGGCGACAUGCUUGGCUGGAGGAUUUCAGACAACACUAGUUGGAAUAAUAUUGAGUAGAGACAAGAACACAUGGAAGCUAGGUUGGGAUCUGAACCUUGUGACCAUCUUGUACUCGGGGGUACUUGCAACGGCGGGGAGAUAUUGCAUGACCUUGUGGGUCGUGUCCAAGCGAGGCCCAACAUAUCCUCCGAUGUUCAACCCAUUAUCUGUGGUGUUUACGAUUUUGUUGGACUCAAUCUUCAUAGGCGACGAAAUUACUGUGGGAAGCCUAGUUGGAACGGCAAUGGCGAUUGUUGGGCUCUAUAUUUUCAUAUGGGGAAAAUCAAAAGAAGUGAAUGAAAAAUAGAUCUCAUCGGUGGCUAUACAGGAAUAUUGCAUAUUUUUUCUUACUAGUAAGCAUGAACUGUGAAAUGCAUGCCUCCACUGUUGUUUAGCAAUUAUUAUCCCAAUUCAUCCAUAUUUUGUACAAAUCCUUCAACAUUUCGUAAGAGAUAACCAUGGAAAAUUAUAAAUAUUUAUAUAUAUAUCAGAAUAAAAUCUU